GCGCCACCUGGCUCGGAAAUCCCUCUUGCCGCCACACCGGGGCGAAUGUCUGCCUCCAGGACGCGAGAGGGGAGGCGACGAAGCUCCUCCUCACGGCCCGGCCACGUAACAGGUCGCCGCCGGAACCAGGAACAAGCGAGGCCGAGGCACUCUAGCGGCCUGGUCGGUGUGUAGCGAAGGGAGCUUUCCCCCCUCAAGAAAAAGAGUACAGGCCGAGCAGGCAGGCGGGGAGGCCGGCCGGUGCCGCCAUGCUGGCCGGCUGCGGUCGUGUGGCGCGGUCUGCCGCGAGCGGCCUGAGGUGGGGCCGGGCCGGCGGCUGCAGCAGCAACGGCAGCUCCGCUCCCCAGAGAUGGGUCAGCACCAGCUGGUCCCCGGUGGGCGCUGCCUUUAAUGCUCAGCAGCAGCACCGGCGGGAGCUGGGGAAGAAAACGGGUCUGUUUGGUGUACCAGAAUUGAGUUGUCCAGAAGGAUUUCGAGAAGCUCAAGAAAAGUCACUGCAAGAAACAGAACGACUAGUACACAAAGCAUGUACUACACCACCGGGGAAGGAGAUAGUCAUGAUCUUUGAUCAGCUCUCAGAUGCUUUGUGUAGAGUAGCAGAUCUGGCUGACUUUGUGAAAAUUGCCCAUCCAGAUUUUGCUUUCAGAGAGGCUGCUGAGGAAGCCUGCAGAAGCAUUGGCACUAUGGUAGAAAAAUUAAAUACAGAUGUAGAUUUGUGCCAAAGUCUAAGAAAGUUGUUGGCUGAUAAAGGUGUAAUGGCGUCCCUUGAUCCAGAAACAAGGCGAGUGGCAGAACUUUUCAUGUUUGAUUUUGAGAUCAGUGGUAUUCAUUUGGAUGAAGAAAAGCGAAGGAGAGCAGUAAAUCUCAAUGUCAAAAUAUUGGAUUUGUGUAAUGAAUUUCUCAUAGGAUCUCAUCUUCCAAACAAGGUUGACAAGCACAUUUUACCAGAACACAUUCGGCAUCAUUUUGCAGUUGAAGGCAAUUAUGCCCAAAUCAGUGGUCUCAGUGCUGAUAGUCCUGAUGUUCUGGUACGUGAAGUUGCCUACAAGGUUUUCCUGUACCCAAAUGCUCAGCAAUUACACUGUUUAGAGGAACUUCUUACCAGCAGAAACCUUCUGGCCCAAUUAGUAGGAUAUGAUACAUUUGCUCAUCGAGCUCUUCAGGGGACAAUGGCCAAAACUCCAGAGAAAGUAAUGCAAUUUCUUGUGAAGCUUUCAGAUAAGUUAUUCAGUCGUACUCUAAGGGAUUUUGAAAUGAUGAAAGGCAUGAAAAUGAAACUAAAUCCUAUAAAAUCAAAAUUGAUGCCUUGGGAUCAUCCAUACCACAGUGGUGUCCUACGUGCUGAGAGGUAUAAUAUUGAACCCAGCCUGUAUUGCCCCUUUUUCUCUCUUGGAGCAUGUAUGGAAGGCCUGAACAUCUUGUUCAAUAAACUCUUAGGGAUCUCUCUUUAUGCUGAACAGACCGUGAAGGGAGAGGUGUGGUGUGAGGAUGUUCGCAAACUGGCAGUUGUCCAUGAACAAGAGGGAUUAUUGGGAUACAUCUAUUGUGAUUUUUUUCAAAGACCAGACAAGCCUUAUCAGGAUUGCCACUUUACAAUACGUGGAGGCAGGCUAAAAGAAAAUGGAGAAUACCAGCUUCCUGUUGUUGUCCUUAUGCUAAGUUUGCCCCAUUCCACUAGUAGUUCACCAACAUUGCUUACUCCUGGGAUGAUGGAGAAUCUCUUCCAUGAAAUGGGACAUGCCAUGCAUUCUAUGCUGGGAAGGACUCAAUACCAACAUGUCACUGGGACAAGAUGUUCUACAGACUUUGCUGAAGUUCCCUCUAUCUUGAUGGAGUAUUUUGCAAAUGAUUAUCGAGUGGUGAACCAAUUUGCAAGGCACUAUAAAACGGGUCAGCCAUUGCCCAAACAUAUGGUGUCAAGACUCUGCGAAUCUAAGAAAGUUUGUGCUGCUGCCGACAUGCAGCUUCAGAUCUUUUAUGCUGUCUUGGACCAAAUAUACCAUGGGAAACAUCCUCUAGAGAAGUCAACCACAGAGAUUUUGAAGGAAACUCAAGAGAAAUUCUAUGGAUUGCCAUACGUCCCUAAUACUGCUUGGCAACUCAGAUUCAACCAUCUUGUGGGCUAUGGGGCCAAGUAUUAUUCCUACCUCAUGUCCAGGGCUGUCGCAUCCAUGGUUUGGAAACAAUGUUUCGUACAGGAUCCCUUCAACAGGGCAAUGGGUGAACGUUACCGUAGAGAAAUGCUAGCACAUGGUGGAGGAAAAGAACCCAUGCUCAUGGUUCAAGGUAUGCUUCAGAAACGUCCGUCAGUGGAAGACUUUGUGGAUGCCCUUGUUUCAGACUUGGAUCAGGAUUUUGAAACGUUCUUCAUGGAUUCUGAAUAGCAAGAGAAGAAAAUUAAACAUUCCGGUGAAGAAUUUUGAAAAGGGAGUGUACCAUCAGCAGUGUACACAGAAGUCUUGUGGGUUGCAUUGCUGCAUCCUCACAAGUGCUUGGGUAAAAUAAAUGCUUUACCUGAAGAGCAGAAUGUUUUUUUCAUUACAGAAAGAUCAUCAUAGCCAAGGCUUUGAAACAGGUAUGCUUUGCAUUCCUGUUAACCUAUUUGAAAACAUAUUCUUAUAUGAACACGUGUGUUCAGUGAUUGUAGGAGGAGUGAGCAGCUGUGUUUCUGCUCGCCAUGUGCUGCAUGUUAGCCAUUAGUGUGCAUACGGCCGAUAGGCCACAGUUACCAAUAAUGGGCAUGGCCAGUGGGUGCCCAUGGAGAAGUGCCUAUUGGGUACUAUCCCACACCCUUCUAUGAGUUCACUGAAUGCAUUGGGAGGGUACAAACCUCUUAUGUGAUUACACUGGAAGCCUCUUUUGUCUGUUUACCCAUGAUUUUAAACUCACAGAAAGCAAGUAACAUUUGCAAAUGGGAAGUGAAGAAUUGCCAACCAAUCAGAAGAAAAGAGGAACAAAAAUCGCCUCCUUUAAGGAGAGGUUGAUAUGACAAAAAUCAGGAAGUGAAUGUUUUCAUAGCAUAAGAUAAGCAUUAUUUAUUGCUGGUGUCUGUGUAUCAAACUGCUGUUUAAACCUUGGGAGCAGGAACCAGUAGGCAAAACUACAAUAAACUCAAGAUACCUCAGUCUUUGUUCCCAAUGAACUUGGGAUUUUAAAAUGCAUAAUAAAUAAAUAGGACACACUUUUCAGUUGUUAUAGUGCUAUCCUUAAACCAUCUUUGCUUUGCUUUGUGUUUUAAUUUAAAAGUCAGACAUUUAAGGAGUGUGCUUCGACCAUUGUGCCAGUACUAACUCCUGCAAAUAAGAUGUAAUUUGACACAUUAAUGUUUUGCAUUUUGUUUGGCUCUAACCACACGAGUGUGGAAAAGUCAUCUGAUUGUAUCAUCCUGUAGGCAUUACAUUUUUAUGAACAGUAAAAUUCACUCUAUAAACUAAUUGCUCUGGAUUAAGAUGCCAAUAAAGAAUUGUUACAA